AUGGAGGAAGAAAAACCAAAAAAACAUUCUGUUGAUGAAAGAAAACGAAGAACAGUUGAUUGGCUUGGGGAUAGACUAGUUGAAAAGAUUGAUAGAGACCAUUAUAUGUGUAUUAUUUGUUUCAAAAGAAUGUCUAGAGGUUAUGCAUGUUGUCAUUGUAUUGAGGAACAUCAAGACAUUACAGAUGAAUUAAAGCCGUAUGUUGUUAAAGCAUAUACUAAUGGCAAAAAAAUUAAUGACGAAUUAAUGGAUAUGAGAGAGGAAGAAUUAGAAAAAGAAAAAAGAAAACAAGCUGAAAAAGCUGAAAAGAAUUUACCAGAAACUGAAACAACAAUCACAGGACAACCUCCUAUUAACAAGGAUAAUAAGACAAAGAAAAGUAAAUCUACCAAAAUGUCUCCUGAACUUAAAAGAAGACUUGAAAAAUUAGAAAAUGAAGGAAAGGCUAAAUGGGAAAUGAAACCUAAAAAAGAAAUUGAAAAACAAAGAACCUCAGAAGGAAAACGAGUUACUUCUGAAAUUAGUAAAAUUAUGGCUUCAAAUGGUAUUCCUUUUGCUAAAAGUGAUGCAGUAUGGAAAAUAGUUACUGAAGUCAUUAAUAGUACAACUGAACUUGGUCCACAAGUAUUAGAAAAAAUACGUUUUAGUGCAAGAACAUUAAAAAGAAGAUAUGAUGAAGCUUAUCUUUCACAAAAUAAACCAACUCAAUUACAGCCUUCUAAUUCAAAUACUGACCAACUCCAAGAAACAACAACUCCAGCCCAAGUUACUCAACAAGUUUUUCAUUCUCGACAGAUGGUUAUUCAGCCAAUCGUUCAAGAAAGGCAAAUGUCAGAAGCAGUAGUACCUCCUGUGUCUAAUACUGAUUUGUCUUAA